UCCAACGUCUCUCCAGCUCGCCUCGCCAUCGCAUCGUCUCCUCUCCUCUCCUCUCCGACCCCUCCGCACCGGCGGCGAUCUAGGGUUUCCCACCGGUCUCCGGCGACCCCGACCUCCCGCCGGCCUCCGCGCCGCGCCCAUGGAGGCGCUCUCCCUCCUCGACUUCUCCGCCGAGGACGACCUCCUCCUCGACCUCGCCACUCCGCCCCCGGCCCAGGCCCCGCCGCGUCGUCCCGAUCCACCCCACGCGGGGUCCCUGGUGGGCGCCGAGGCUACCUCUUAUUUGGACCCCGCCAACGGUUCUACGGAUGCAGCGGGCCGGGCUGCGGAUCCCGAUGAUGUGAUGGAGGACCAAGCGGCCCCUGAGCGGGCGGAGUCCCCGAAGCAGCGGAAGGCCAAGAUGGGGGCGAACCUCCGCAAGAGCUUGGCUUGGAACAGCGCGUUUUUUACCAGUGAAGGUGUUUUGGACACCGAAGAAUUGGCCAUUGUAAACAGCACCUUCCGCAAGACGCAGGGUUCCAGGCUGCCUGGAAUAGUAGAGGAAAUGAGGAAAUCAGGGGAAUCAACAUCCUCAAAUCUGGAAAGUGAAACUUGGGCGAUGGAAAGCCUUGAGACCGAGCUGUUUGACAAUGUACGUGCUUCGAUCCAAAGGUCUCUUGGCAAACCUAAUAAAGUUCCAGGUGGGCCUGCUGCUAGCUCAAAACCCCCAAAGGCCACAGCAAAUGUGCCUCGUAUUGCAGCUAGAAAAGGGGUUAAUCGGAUGCCUCAGUCUAAGAUAAGAAUCCCUGUUUCAACAAGCCAAGGAGGAGUUGGUGCCAAACAAAGGCCCCAAGUUAACGUGAAAGACUCUGCAACUGCAAGAGUGAAUUUGCCAGGAGCUGCAGAGGAAAAGAUAUCCUCGAAACCUCCUAGGGCUCUGCCAAGAGUUGCUAUGAUGAGGUCGUCAACUAACAUCACUUCUGCAACUUCAGAUAAAAGAAGCAGCACUGGGGGUGCUGUUAACAGGCAAGCAGCUGGUAAAACUGCCAAUACUUCAGCUAGCGUGCGACCUGUUGGGGGUAUGAAGUCCAGUUCAUUCUCGAAAUCAGGUGCCUUCACAUCAGCAACUUCUUCCCGUGGUGUUCCGAUGGAUGCUGGGCUAGAAGCAAAAACCAAAUCAACCCUAAGCAACAAGAAUAUUGCUGCCCAGAGGGUCCCUGUUCGUUCAUUGUCAAAAUCUGAUAUCAGCAAAACUAUCCCAUCAAGAUCAUCAGGGAACAAGUUCCCAGCUAGAGGUCAGGCUGGCCGUGCAUCCCCAAGCAUUUCACCUUGCAGUUCUGUGGACAGCAUGAGCUCUGUGAUAUCUGGGGCGUCAACAGCUUCCACCGUAGGGAAGAUGAGCCAUACAUCCGAGAGUUUGAAUACACUGUCCCCCUCCCUCAGGAAGAGCAAUGACUGCCCUCCGACCCCAAAGCUUAGGUCUUCUAUUGUCACAGAGGAACAUUCUUUAGGAACAGAAGCAUGUGGUGAUUAUUUAAAAGCUACUUCAGACACAAAGCUGGGAAAAGGCUUUAAGCCAAGCGGGCUGCGAAGGCCGACACCCAAGAUAGGAUACUUUGAUGCUGAAAAAUCCAUUGACCAAAACAUAGGUGCACAGGCGCAACUGCAACCUGUGAAGAUGCAGUGUCUGCUACCUGCCACACCGAAAUCACAGCCACCUACUCAGAACUUGAAGGCUGCAUCAUCUACCUUUGCUCAACAGGAAUCAAAUCUGGAUGCAGUAUAUCAUGUGGGAAAUGAUCCUUCCAAAAGUAAGGAGGUGAAGGCACUUCCUCUUAAAGUUGCACAAAUGGAAGUGGUGCCUAAGGUGGCUGAACCUGAGUCCUGCACAGUUCAGACUGAUACAAUCAUGGCCGAACCUGAAGCUGACAAAUCUGUUGACCAAAAUGUUGGUCCACAGCUGCAAUUGCAAUCCCUUAAGAUCCAGUGCUUGCUUCCUGCCACACCAGACUCUACCUGUGUUGAACAAGAAGCAGGACCUCAUCGUGAGGUCAGUGUUUCCAAAAGUAAGGUCAUGCCUCUCCAAGCUGCAGAAAUGGAAGCAGAACCUUCUAAGAUGGCCAAGCCUGAAGUUUGCAUGCACCAGAGCAGUCCAGUUGUGGCCAAACAAGAACCUGAGAAGUCCAUUGACCAAAACAUUGGUGCACCGGUGCAACUCCCCCUUAAGGAGAUCCAGCGUUCGCACCCUGCCACACCCGCCUCUCAGGCAUCUUCUACCUUUUGUCAACAAGAAUCAAAACCUGUAGCAGCACCUCAUGAGGAGAUCAGUGCUUGCAAGAGUAAGGCGACAAAGGCAGUAAUCCUCAAAACUGUACAAGUGGAAGUAGAUCCUCUUAAGGUUGCUGAACCUGAGGCGUGCCUUCACAAGACUGAUUCGGUGGUGGCUGCAGACACUCCAAAGGAGAACAUUCCGGUUGUGCACCAGAAUACCAAGGCUAAUGUCGAUGCGAAUUCAUUAGUUGAUAUGUUGACACAGAAGCUGUCCUCCAUUUCCCUUGGGGAGGCCACCCCUGACGUGACCUCUUGAUCCGGAAGGCAACGGGUUUCGCAUGGUACGCUGCUGGUUGUUUCUGAUUACAUCCUUGUUAUCUAUAGGCAACUGCAGCUGCUGGUCCCAAUUUCACUUGCAGCGUGGUGUUUCAGUAAUUGAGGGAGGAGUGUUACAAGUGUAAAAUCCUUUUGCACUGGGCUUGGUAGCUAUAGAACUACACUUCACUAUAGUAUGCAUAAGCACCUGUUUGCCGAUUUCUGGUUAAAGCGUACAAGGCAAUAUGAUUUUGGGUUUCUUUGUGUCGGUUCUAUGCAAAAAUGUUGGUGUAGGACUCAGAUAGCUGAAAUCAGAUAUCAAUGCCGUGACUGCAAUCUGGAAUGCUCUGUUCACCAAGAUUAGUAAUGUUAAUAUGUGUGACCUGUCUUUUUGUCAGGUGAAUAA